GUCAGAUUCCAAAUUACUAACUAUAAUAACGGCAUUUUAACCAAAAAAUAUAAAGGAAGAAACUCAAAUACGUUCCCUCAUGUAUAGGAUCCUUCUCAAUGCUACUGCAUUAAAUAAAUCAUAGACAUUGGGUGUCUGACACCAAUGCCAAACGCUUCACCAGUUACACUUGCCUUGAAAUACUGGGCAAUUUACGAGCUUUUCUGAAAUUUGGUGUUUUACCUCUUCAGCAUACAGCAUACCAUGAAAAUGUAAAUGAAGGAAGAUAGCUUUUCCUCUAGUACAGGGCUUCCCCACUGGCCCUCUCAAAUGAUGAUUGUUUUGCCGGCCAAACCAGUGGUAUCACAGCUUCUGGAGUAGGGCACCUUCUUCGUUCUUCAUUGCCUCUCCCAAACCAUUUUACUUCUGCUCAUUUUUAACACUUUGUUUUAGCCUCAUAUUAUCAGUUUAUAGUAAUCAUUAGCAUUCUUUCAGUUAUCUACUGACCCCUACAUUCCCUGUUUAUUUCUUCAAGAUCGUUAUCUCCUCGUUUGUUCUCUUUCCAGUAACAUUCCUGUAGUCCUGGGAGGCGUUUAGACUUCAGGAAUUCCUGUUUGUUCAGUAUUUUCACUCAAGGACUCAAAGAGAGGGAGGAAGGACGACUUUCAGAGUCACAGUCCACAUUCCCUACCGGGCGCUCAGGGAUAGAGGAUUCGUUUCCCCAUGGGCAUUUCGGGAAGCGUAGUCAAGGAGCACCGCGGAGUAUCCACGCUUUCCCCUGAACGUUGACAUUCUGGAUGUUUUUCCCACAGCAUUCUGAGUGUAGUCCAAAGUCUCAGGUGAGUCGUGGUCCGUUUGCAGGCGGGUCCCGGGGAUUCUGGGAAAUGUAGUCUCGACGAUCAGUGGAGUCACAGCCACUUCCGCUCGGGAAGGGCUGGUGGGGGUGCGGUUGCCGCCGGGCAUUCCGCGGUAGUUUGAUCCAGUUCCGCGUUUUGCGGGCCCUUUCUAAUGUCAGAGAAUUAAUCUUGGGGCUUCUCGGGACCCGGAGGUCCGGUUAUGGGAAAAGAAUCCUUGUUGGAGAGCAGAGCCUGUCAGGUCCCCGGGCGGCGUCAGAGCUCCAGCAGGAGAGGCCCCAAGCCCUUGUCUCUGAUCUCUGCAGGACGCUGGACGAUCCGCGACGCCUUCUGACCUCGUUUUAGGAAGGCGAGGGUUGUGUCCACUUCCACGAAGGGAGGGGAAUAUUUAACUUUUCUUGAGGACAGUGACCGGGUGAGGGUAUUUCACACACAGCUUUCUCCUUCCCCAGCCUGAAAAAGGACUGAACGGAGUGACUUACACUGGCUUCUGAAAGCAAAGCUCCACCUGAUGUUCCAGGCACGAUUCUGCCUUCUCUCAAAUGGUAUAACCCAGGACUCUGCAAUUCCCAGAAACAGGAGGAAAAAUGACCACAUUCAAGGAGGGGCUGACCUUCAAGGACGUGGCUGUGGUCUUCACUGAGGAGGAGCUGGGGCUGCUGGACCCUGUCCAGAGGAAUCUGUACAGAGAUGUGAUGCUGGAGAACUUCAGGAACCUGCUCUCAGUGGGGCAUCACCCCUUCAGACAUGGUGUAUUCCUUCUGGAAGGGGAAAAAAAGCUUGAUAUGAUGAAGAAAGCAACCCAAAGAAAAGAGAAAUCAGCAGACAAGAUCCACAGUGAGAUGGAGGCAGGACCGCAUGAAGAGCCUUCCUGGGGGCAAAUCUGGAAACAGAUUGCAAGUGAUUUAGUCAAGUACGAAGACUCUAUGAUAAAUAUUUCUCAGUUCCCCAAACAAGGUGAUUUGUCCUGCCAGGUUAGGGCAGGACUAUAUACAACUCACAUGAAACAGAAGCUUUACCAAUCUAAGGAGGACAAAAAGGCCUUUGCUGAUGCCUGCAACUUCGACCUUCAUCAACAGUUAUACCCAGGAGAGAAGUCUCAUACAUGUGAUGAGUGUGGAAAAAGCUUCUGUUACAUCUCAGCUCUUCAUAUUCAUCAGAGAGUCCACAUGGGAGAGAAACGCUAUAAGUGUGAUGUGUGUGGUAAGGAAUUUAGUCAAAGCUCACAUCUGCAAACUCAUCAGAGAGUCCAUACUGUAGAGAAACCAUUCAAAUGUGUGGAAUGUGGGAAAGGCUUUAGUCGUAGAUCAACACUUACUGUGCAUUGCAAAUUACACACAGGAGAGAAACCUUACAAUUGUGAGGAAUGUGGGAGGGCCUUCAUACAUGCUUCCCAUCUUCAGGAACAUCAGAGAAUCCAUACUGGGGAGAAACCAUUCAAAUGUGAUACAUGUGGUAAGAACUUCCGUCGUAGAUCAGCACUUAAUAAUCAUUGCAUGGUCCACACAGGAGAGAAACCAUACAAAUGUGAGGACUGUGGUAAGUGUUUCACUUGUAGCUCAAACCUUCGUAUCCAUCAAAGGGUCCACACAGGAGAGAAACCUUACAAGUGUGAAGAAUGUGGUAAGUGUUUUAUUCAGCCUUCACAAUUUCAGGCCCAUCGGAGAAUACACACUGGAGAGAAACCAUAUGUAUGUAAAGUGUGUGGUAAGGGUUUCAUUUACAGUUCAAGUUUUCAGGCCCAUCAGGGAGUCCACACUGGAGAGAAGCCGUACAAAUGCAAUGAGUGUGGGAAGAGCUUCAGAAUGAAAAUUCAUUAUCAAGUACAUCUGGUGGUCCACACAGGGGAGAAACCCUAUAAAUGUGAGGUAUGUGGAAAAGCCUUCCGUCAGAGUUCAUAUCUUAAAAUCCAUCUGAAAGCACAUAGUGUACAGAAGCCUUAUAAGUGUGAGGAGUGUGGGCAGGGCUUCAAUCAGAGCUCACGACUUCAGAUUCACCAGCUGAUCCAUACCGGCGAGAAACCGUACAAAUGUGAAGAGUGUGGAAAGGGAUUCAGUCGUAGAGCAGAUCUUAAAAUUCAUUGUAGGAUCCACACAGGAGAGAAGCCAUAUAAUUGUGAGGAGUGUGGGAAGGUCUUCAGUCAGGCCUCACAUCUUCUGACCCAUCAGAGAGUUCACAGUGGGGAAAAACCAUUUAAAUGUGAAGAGUGUGGGAAGAGCUUCAGUCGGAGUGCACACCUUCAAGCCCAUCAAAAAGUCCACACUGGAGAAAAGCCAUACAAAUGUGGGGAGUGCGGAAAAGGCUUCAAAUGGAGCUUGAAUCUUGACAUGCAUCAGAGGGUGCACACUGGAGAAAAGCCAUAUACGUGUGGGGAGUGUGGGAAGCACUUCAGUCAGGCCUCAAGUCUCCAACUUCAUCAGAGUGUCCACACAGGAGAGAAACCGUACAAAUGUGAGGUGUGUGGUAAAGUCUUCAGUCGGUCUUCACAACUACAGUAUCACAGGCGAGUUCACACUGGGGAGAAACCUUACAAAUGUGCAAUAUGUGGUAAGAGCUUUAGCUGGCGAUCAAAUCUUGUAAGUCAUCACAAAAUUCAUGCUGCUGGUAUAUUCUAUGACAAUGAUGAGAGUAGUAAGAAUAUCAGAGAAUUGUCAGAGAAAGGAAGUUUGACAAGGUGA